AUGCACCACUGGGCGUCGUUCUUCAUCCUCGUUAUACGCUCUUCCACAGCCCCCUCUGCCGAGCAGUUGCAAGGGUCUUCCACAGAUAAGCGGCUCCUCUACCUAGUGCCCAUGACCUCAGCACCUCCAGUGGCGGUUGCACACAUGACGUCAUGCGAGGCUCUUCAACAGAGCAAAGAAAGCUCACAGCAGGCGGAGGAGUUGAGAAAGCGGCAGGGGGUGGGGCAGGUGGUGAGGGCGAAGGGGAAGGUGCGUGUUUUCACGACAUACACGCCCAAGUACAUGAAGCUGGGGAAGACGUGGGGGGGUGUGGGCGGGCAGGGGCGAGCAGGGGAGGAUGUGAUUAUUGGCGUGCUGGACUCGGGGAUUUGGCCGGAACACCCUUCCUUCUCAGACAAGGUGAGAGAUGUGUGUGUGUAUGUAGGGGGGCGUGUGCGGGCAAGAGCGGGCAGCCCCACCCCUUUCUUCCUUCUCUUAUCUCUCCCACUCAACCUCUCCCCCUUUCUUCCCCCUCAUCUUGCAGGGUUACAGGCCAGUGCCCAAGCGGUGGAGGGGGGCGAAUGCGGACUGAGCAAGUUCAGUUCAACACUCCUCCCCUCCUUCCCUUGUCCCUGCCUCCCCCUCCUCUCCCCCUUUCUUCGCCCCCCUUCCCGCCCACCAAAUCCGCAGGGCUAUAAACCAGUGCCCAAGCGGUGGAGGGGGGCGUGCACGGGGCUGAGCAGGUGCAACCGCAAGCUGAUAGGCGUGCGCUUCGUUCCUCCUCCCCUAUUUCCCGCCCCUAUUUCGUGCGCCUAUCUCUGGCAGGGCUAUAAACCAGUGCCCCAGCGGUGGAGGGGGGCGUGCACGGGGCUGAGCAGGUGCAACCGCAAGCUGAUAGGCGUGCGCUUCGUUCCUCCUCCCCUAUUUCCCGCCCCUAUUUCGUGCGCCUAUCUCUGGCAGGGCUAUAAACCAGUGCCCAAGCGGUGGAGGGGGGCGUGCACGGGGCUGAGCAGGUGCAACCGAAAGCUGAUAGGCGCUCGAUACUUCCUCAAGGGGUACGAGGCGGAGUAUGGCAAGCUGGCCCAGGGGGAGUUCCGCUCUGCACGUGAUGCUGGUGGGCACGGCACGUGGUGUGCGGGAGCGGCAGCAGGUAACGCAGGAGUGGUUCUCACAGACGAGUUUGGAUCGACGGCGGGGCCAGCCAGUGGCAUGGCGCCACGUGGCAGGCUGGCUAUCUACAAGGCGAUCUGGUUCAACGCGUCAGAGGGGUACGGCCACGACUGCGACAUCUUUGCAGCCGUUGAUCAGGCCGUCGCGGACGGUGUGGAUGUGCUCUCCAUGAGCAUUGGGUCGGGCGAGGAUACAUACUUUGGGGACCUGCCUCUGCUGAGAGCGGUGCAGGCGGGUGUGUUCCUGGCCAUGGCAGCGGGCAACGAGGGACCGCCCCCCAUGGCUCAGAAGCCUUAUGGCUUCCGCACUCUCAGCAACGCUGCUCCCUUCUAUCUCACUGUUGCCGCCAGGUGGGUAGCACACUGUUUCUCACCCUCUCACCCUCAGGACGCGUCACCUACCUCGAUCGAUCCUGCACAGGAUCGAUUUUUUAUUCGGCUCAAAAAGUUUUCAAACAAAUUUAAAUGCAACACGCGGGAGUUCAGUGCGGUGGACAAUCGAUCUUCCUCGAUUUUGCACGAUCGAUCGAGGGAGGUGACGCGUCCUCAUUUCACCUCUCACCCUCAUUUCACCUCUCACCCUCAUUUCACCUCUCACCCUCAUUUCACCUCUCACCCUCACUUCCUUUCUCAUCCUCACUUCCCCUCUCACCCUCACUUCCCCUCUCAUCCUCACUUCCUUUCUCAUCCUCACUUCCCCUCUCAUCCUCACUUCCCCUCUCACCCUCACUUCCCCUCUCAUCCUCACUUCCCCUCUCACCCUCACUUCCCCUCUCACACUCACUUCCCCUCUCACCUCACUUCCCCUCUCACCCUCACUUCCCCUCUCACCCUCACUUCCCCUCUCACCCUCACUUCCCCUCUCACCCUCACUUCCCCUCUCAUCCUCACUUCCCCUCUCACCCUCACUUCCCCUCUCACACUUACUUCCCCUCUCACCUCACUUCCCCUCUCACCCUCACUUCCCCUCUCACCCUCACUUCCCCUCUCAUCCUCACUUCCCCUCUCACCCUCACUUCCCCUCUCACACUCACUUCCCCUGUCAUCCUUACUUUCCCCACUCCUACUUCCACUUCUCUUGACACCCCAGCUCAACAGAUGA